GUUCUUCCUCGUCCUAUACCUCGGGACUUUUCUCAGGAUGACCAAGUUCUGACAUAGCAUACUCAGCCGUUAUAUAAGCAGCACCAGAAGCCACCUCCCGCCCGAACCACCAUGGCUAUCACUCAGAAUAUUCCGGAGACUCAGACCGCCGUGCUUGUUGGCCCCCAGGAGCGCAAGCUUGCCGAUAUUCCUGUUGGCCAGCCUGGCAGCGACGAGGUCCUCAUCAAGAAUGUCGCUGUCGCGUCUAACCCGAAGGACUGGAAGGGCCCGAAGUGGUUCUACGGUGAGAACGAGGCCUACGUCGAGGGCAACGACGUAGCAGGGAUCAUCGUCGCUGUGGGACAGGGCGUUUCUGAAUAUAAGGUUGGAGACCGCGUUGUAGCGUUCACGAAGAUACGGUCGAGGGACAACAAGUAUGGCGCAUACCAGCAGUACACCGUUGCUCCUGCAAGCAUCACCUUCCCAAUUCCCGACAACACAACGUUCGAGGAGGCAGCAACACUUCCGCUCGCUGCCAUGACCGCUGCCAUCGGGCUUUUCGUACGCCUGGGCAUUCCCGCGCCAGAGACUCCAGAAGCAGCCUCAAACGCUGGCAAGGCCAUCAUCAUCAACGGCGCUGCAUCGUCUGUCGGGGCAUUUGCUGUACAACUGGCCAAGCGUGCUGGACUAUAUGUUGUUGGGACUGCCGGCUCGUCGAAGCAAUACGCUAAAGAGCUGGGCGCGGACGUUGUCAUUGACUACCGUGAGCAUGAGGGAGAUGCUAUAAUAGACGCUGUGAUUGCCGCGCUUGGCGAUAGGCCCACACUUUGGGCGUACGAUGCUGUCUCUGAGCACGGCUCCGCACUUAUGCUCGCCCGUACGCUCGCCAAAGUCUCCAAAUCCGGCAAGGUUACAACAGUAUUGCCCAUACCCGAUGAAGAGCCGGCACAGUUUCCCGCUGGCAUUGCCUACGAGUUGACGAGGGUUGCAACGGCGCAUGCUGAUGAUGCGAAGUUUGCCGCAGAAUACUAUCGCAAGUUCUCGCACUGGCUGGCGGACGGGUCGUUCAAGCCCAAUCGGCCGAAGGUCCUGCCCGAGGGGCUUCGCAGUGUGGCACAAGGGCUUGAAUUACUUGAGACGGGCAAAGUCCAUGCGGAGAAGCUUGUCUAUCGCAUCGCAGAUACGCCUGGAUUGCAGGUGUGAGAAGGAAAGAUGGGAUAUCUGCACCAUGCACUACGAUGUAGGAAUGCGCUCGGUAUUCACGUGGUUGAUAGAGUGAUCAAGUCGUCAAUCGCAAAGGAAGCUGCCGCUGCUAAGUAGGAUCUUCAUUUUUCUUCUCAUCCAAACGCUACGAACUCAGAA